CAACGACUUUCCCGGAUAAACCGAGUGGCAGAAAUACAGAGAGGCUUUCAACGACGAUUCCUUUUCCACACUUUUGUGUGUUUUGUUUGUUCAUCCAAAUAAUUGCAUUUCACUCGGAUUUCUUCUUAAUCAAAUACCCUUUUCUGGAUUCCAUUCCACCCAUCUUCUCUCCUACUCCCUUCUUUGCUCACAAUCGGGAGCUUCAUCUUUAGCUCUCGAUCGAGCUCACCCCUUUUUGUCCCACCUGUUUCAAUGGCGUUUCCCUCUUUCUUAUUCUGUUGAAUCAUAUGAAAUCGUUGAAGAAACAAUCAAACAUUCAAACCCAUAUCAUGGAGAGGGCAGCUCAGCAAUUGAAACGCGGGAUAUCCCGUCAAUUCUCAACGGGUUCAUUGAAACUCAGCGGUAAAUUCAGCUUCAAGCGUCAAAGCUCUUUCGAUCCACGAACCAAUUCCCGUUUCAGCUUGGGUCGGCAAUCUUCUCUUGACCCAGUUCGACGUACAUCCGCGAAUGAUGACUUUACCCUCCCUGGAAACCUUGACUCCACCAUGCAAUUGUUGUUUCUAGCCUGCAAAAACGACGUUCAGGGUGUCAAAGAAUUGCUCGACGAUGGCGUUGAUGUUAAUAGUAUUGAUCUCGAUGGUCGCACUGCUUUGCAUAUUGCUGCUUGUGAAGGGCAUGUUGAGGUUGUUCAGCUUCUGUUGAGUCGCAAGGCCAACAUUGAUGCCCGUGAUCGGUGGGGAAGCACGGCAUGUGCUGAUGCAAAGUACUAUGGAAACGUUGAAACUUACAAUAUAUUGAAGGCCAGAGGAGCCAAAGUUCCGAAAACUAGAAAGACCCCAAUGACUGUUGCAAACCCUAGAGAAGUUCCAGAGUAUGAACUCAAUCCCCUAGAGCUUCAAAUUCGCAAAAGUGAUGGCAUCUCAAAGGGAACAUAUCAAGUUGCUAAAUGGAAUGGGACAAAAGUUUCAGUGAAGAUAUUAGACAAAGAUAGCUAUUCUGACCCUGAAAGCAUAAAUGCUUUUAAACAUGAGUUGACUUUGUUGGAGAAAGUCAGACAUCCUAAUGUGGUUCAAUUUGUUGGAGCUGUUACCCAAAAUAUACCCAUGAUGAUUGUUUCAGAAUAUCACCCUAGAGGUGAUCUUAGAAGCUAUCUUCAAAAGAAAGGAAAAUUGUCCCCAUCAAAAGCUCUUAGAUUUGCUCUUGAUAUUGCAAGGGGUAUGAAUUAUCUUCAUGAAUGUAAGCCAGAUCCAAUUAUCCACUGUGAUUUAAGGCCAAAAAAUAUUUUGCUGGAUAGUGGGGGCCAGUUGAAAGUUGCAGGAUUUGGAUUAAUUCGGUUAUCCAAAAUUUCACCUGAUAAAGCAAGAUUAUCUCGCCCUGUCACCAUUGAUAGAACAAAUUUAUAUAUUGCACCAGAGAUUUAUAAAGAUGAACUAUUUGAUCGAGGUGCAGAUGUGUAUUCUUUUGGAAUUAUUCUAUUUGAGAUGAUGGAAGGUGCCCAACCAUUUCACCCCAAGCCUCCUGAGGAAGCUGUUAAGUUGAUGUGUGAAGAUCUCAAGAGACCUCCAUUUAAAAUAAAAUCAAAAUAUUACCCUCCAGAUUUAAAAGAAUUGAUUGAGGAGUGUUGGUAUCCAGAAUUGCCUAUAAGGCCAAAAUUUUCAGAGAUAAUAAUCAGACUUGACAAAAUUGUUGGCAACUGUUCAAAACAUGGAUGGUGGAAAGACGCGUUUAAGCUCCCAUGGAAAUAAUAGUUAUGAAGGGUAUGAACAUUGAAGAUGAACUGAAGUGGUUCAGCUGGUGAAAGACUCCAAAGUGUUUUGAUUUUUGAGGUUAUUUACUUGGGAAAAUGCUAAUGGGGGUGCGUAAGCAUAAUCUUCAGAAGAGUUAUAGAAGCUGGAAAAUAAAGUGGAAUGUGAAAAUUACUAAUGCUUUAUGUUUUCUUGUUUAUGUUUUGUGAAAAAUGUUUUCGUGUAUCUAAAGUUGAUAUGAUCUAAUAUAUAAUAGUACAAGUAAUGGUAAUGUCUUUUCUCUAUGGAACACGAUUUUUCGAGGGGGU